ACUUGGAAACUUUGACUAGAAAAAAAAGAAAAAAAAGAGAGAGGCAGCCUCGCGGAAAGAUGAAGAAGUGAAAUUGAAAAUUGAAGUUGGCUGGGUCGCUGGCUACUCUGCUCAAGAGCGGGAAGCUCGUGUUUGUUGAGCGAAAAGGGUAGAAUCUCCUCCUUCUGGUUUUCUUGGAAUCGGCAAUAUGGGAAGGAAAGUUAAGAGAGGCAGGGAGGAAUUGCUGUUGUCCUGGAGCUUUCCUCCCCAGGGCUGGUACAAGCUCAACGUGGACGGGAGUCGGCGUAACAAAUCUGGGUGCAUUGGAGGAGGAGGUGUUAUUCGGAACGAAAACGGAGAAUGGGUAGCUGGAUUUGCAGCCAAUUUGGGAACAGGCAAAGUUAUUGAGGCAGAGCUUAAGGCCUUGCUCAAAGGCUUGGAACUUGCAUCCAAUUCUGGGUGGUCACUUCUUGAGGUAGAAACUGACUCCAAGUUGGCUGUAAAUCUUUUAUUGAAUGUAGGCGAAUUGUACCAGGAUCACCAUCUGAUUCAAUUGAUUAAGAGCUGCAAUGAUCUGUUUAACCAAAACUUGAGAUGGACACUGAGUCAUGUGUAUAGACAGCAGAACUGUGUAGCUGAUUGUCUAGCUGGUUUGGGGCCUACUUUGGAGGAAGGAGUUACUACUUAUUAUGAUGCACCCCCUACUCCCUGUGAACCGAUUUUAGUUGAGGAUCUGUCUAUGGUAGCUCGAACCAGGUUGAUUUCUCUUCGUAAAUUGAAGAAUCAGAAUGCUGGUAUAUUUAUUCCAAGGUCGUAUAGAUUGAAGAAACAUUAUGUUCGUAGCAUGAAGAAGGUGAAAGUCGAGGAAGGGGAUGAUCUUGCACCUGUGACAUUCACAUGGAAAAUUGAAAACUUCUCUAAGUUGGAUACCGCCUUCAAGCAUUACUCUGAUAUUUUCGUCACCGGAAAUUCUAACUGGCGGAUCCUUCUGUAUCUGAAGGGGAAUGUUGUUGACUACUUGUCACCAUAUUUGGAUGUCCCGGAUGCUUCAGAAUUGCCUCAGGGUUGGUCUAGAUGUGCACAUUUCAGCUUGUCUGUGGUUAAUCAACUUCAACCCAGCGAAUCAAUAACAAAGGAUGCUGUACAUGUGUUCAAUGCUUGUGACAGUGACUGUGGCUUCAAAUUUUUAGUUCCUCUCAGUUGGCUUUCUGACCAUGGUAAUGAGUAUCUGGUAAAUGAUACAUGUAUCCUUGAAGCCAAGGUCAUACUUGAUAAGGGUAAAGCUAAGAUUUUAGAAGAUAAAAGAACUGUUGGUUCUGCACCCGUGCAACCCUCAGAAGAGGAACUUAAGGAGCAGGGACCUGAUAUGGAUUCUGUAAAAGCUCCAGAUUUUUUGACUACAUGCAAGGAACUGAAUUGCAAACAGAUGCCUGCCUACCAGGAUGCACCAAGUUUGGAAAGAAAUUGCACCGAGCCUACUAGCCCUUCAUCGGUUCAGGAUGUACAUCAGGAAGACAGGAACUGAGACCUUCAGAUGUGGAUCUGUAAAGCCUCCAGACCCUUUGGCAGGAUGCAAGGUACAGAGUUGUUAAAAGGUGCCUGCUUACUGGGAUGCAUUAAGUUUUUGAUGUGGAUAUACAUAAGGAGCACCUUCUUCUGUAAGAGCUCCAGAUUUUUUGACAUCAUGGAAGAGUGGUCAACAGGUGCAUGCCUAGAAGGACAACCUGCUGUUUGAACAACUUCACAUUGAGCCUACUGACCCCACCUCAGUCAAGAAACACAAGGAUGUGACGCUGUCAGCUCACAGAUUUUUGGGGUUUGGAGGAAAAUAAAGAAAACUCUCUUUUCACUCCUAAAUAUAGUUUCUUGGUGGCAUCAUUCUCGAAUUCAAAAUCAAUAGAAGAGAAGUUGCAUGGUUACGAAUGGGCAGUCAUUGCUUUGGCUCGAUUUUGAAGACCACAAAAGUCGAGGAUAUGACAGAAUGACAGAUGAUGCCUGCGAACACCUAACUUUCAUGGGAGGAGCUUAAGAUCUUUGGAUUUGAAUUGGUUUGGUUGGAGCCCUGGUGCUUUGGGUAUGAAGAAGUUUGUGGAAGAAGUGUAGAGACUAAAGGCCAAGGUAACUCCUGCAAAGGUGGAUCUUGUGGUAGCAAGAAUAGAUUUGGACAGCAAGGAUAUGAACAAUGAACUAGGCUACCUGAGGAGUUGGCCUUUAUUCACAUGCUGAUGAUUGCAAUCAGUGUUUUAGUUGUUCUAAAACAUGCUUAUGUAAUUGUUUAUGUAUAUGCAUGGGAAAGUUUGUAUUCUUCAUAGAUCAGUUAGAAAUUAUCAGCCUGAGAGAUUUACGUUGGCAUAUAAGUUUUAUUUCGGUUUACAAGGCCUAAAGAAAAAGCAAUGCUCCGUUGAUAUUUCUAGUUGGCAUUGCCCUUCCUCUCUCUACCUCAGCUGCUCUCUGUUUUGAUCAGUUUGGUGAAGGUUGUGCAAGGGCUUUGAUCCACCUCCUCAUUGUACCCCUUUGCUAGCUGAGGAUCAGAGUGGGUUUGCUCGACCUUGGUUAAUUACUCCAAGAGUCAUGCAAAUACAGGUUUGUUUUGGCACCCCCCACUCCCUGUGAACCGCGUUUAGUUGAGGAUCAAUCUAUGGUUGCUCCAACCAGGUUGAUUUCUGUUUGUAAAUUGAAGAAUCAGAAUGCUAGUAUAUUGAUUCCAAAGUUGUAUAGAUUGAAGAAUCGUUAUGUUCGUAGCAUGAAGAAGGUGAAAGUUGAGGAAGGGGAUGAUCUUCCACCUGUGACAUUCACAUAGAAAGCUGACAACUUCUCUAUAUUGGAUACCGCAUUCAAGCAUUACUCUGAUGUUUUCGUUGUUGCAAUUCUAAAUGGUAAUUUGAGCAUCUACUACUAGUGACACGCUUUAAAGUUAUAUACUUUCUGAUAUAUAUUAUGGUUUUGGACUUGACUAGUUUGGUUAGGCGGAUCCUUCUGUAUCUGAAGUGGAAUGUUAUUGAUUGCUUGUCACCAUAUCUGGAUGUCCCGGAUGCUUCAAAAUUGCCUCUGGCGUGGUCUAGAUGCACAAUUUAGCUUGACUGUGGUUAAUCAACUUCAACCCAGCGAAUCAAUAACAAAGAGUACUUUGUUUUCCAUUUUUCCAUGGCACAUUUAUGGUUUCUCCAGUCAUUAUGUGGAAAAUAGUCUAAUUUAUUAAAUGGAACCAGUGAUUCUUGCAUA